AUGCAAUCUAACAUGGAUGAAUUUAGACCUCCAGAAAAUCCUUAUGGUCCACCAGUUGCACCACCUCAAAGGGUAGAAUCACAGUCGCAACGAGGUUACAGAGGAGGAAGUCGUGCUCGUCAACCACCACGGCAUUGGAAUCGUAUUCCUGGAGGUGGUCAGCAAAAUGGCAACAAUGUUGUUGGCAAUGGAAAUGCAGGAGGAAAUAAUAAUGUCAAUAGUAACGGAAGAGGAAGAAGGGAUAACUAUUACGGUAGGCACACUCGUGACAAGAGCAGGGAAGGGUGGGUUCAUAGGCAGUACAACGAUCGUCAGUCGAGAUCAUACCGGGACGGGUCAUCAUAUCGUGAGGGAUCCUCUUAUCGUGAGGGUAACUCUUCUCAUCGCAAUCGCAGCAGGGAUAGUUGGCAAGGACAACGACAGUACAACGAUCGUUCACGUUCAUAUCGUGACAAUGGUCCUCCCAGACAAAACCGUCAGAAUCAAAGUGAUCGUCAGCCACCAUGGCAUCAAGACCGAUACCAUCAAUAUUCACAACAGAAUGGUAUGGCGCAACAAACAAAUUGGGCGGCAAACAAUCUCACCACUACUAAUGGACCGCAUAAUCCACAUGCUCACCCUUCUGCUGCACACGGUUCACUGAUGCCACCAGGAACGCUCGUGCAAGGGCAUACCGCCCCCGGUGUCUCGCAACAGCAUGCCUCGCAAUCAUUGUCAGGACAGUUAGGACCUCCAGGGGUUUCUGGACAACAUGGACUUCAUGGCAUGCCGCAAGGACCUCCUGGCCAAAUUAAUCAAGGAGUACAUAUCGGACAUUUGGGACAACAAAGUGAACACGAGAGACAACCAUCUACACACCUGAGUCAACCCGGUGCACCCGGGACACACUCUGUAAUCACUUCGUAUGUAGAUCAAAGUAGUUAUCAAGAACCGGCACCUUUUCAGGGACAACUGCCCCCUCAGAUACAAUCCUGGGAACCAAAUGCGACCAAUUAUCACCAACAAGGUCAUCAUUAUCAAACUGAUGGCUAUUACCAUCAUCACCAACAUGCAUAUGAACAUUAUCCAGGUCAAUAUCCUUCGUACAUAAGUAAUAACGAUUAUAGUCAGGCGCUGGACAAUAAGCAUCCAAUGCCUCCACAACCACCGCAACCACCACAACCUCCAAACCCACCUCACUUCAAUUUGCACCACCCUCAAACCAACUCCUCCUCCUCACAUCCGUCACACGUAUCACAACUACGGUCACCAAUUUCUCCCAACAAAACAUACCAACAACCUCAACAACCCCUCACGUUACCAAUUCAACCUUCCAACCCGCCUGCAGCACCAUUACAUCCACAGCAGAACAUUCCCCCUGGGUCUUCGAAUGUUGGAGUGACACCGCUUCAGGUUAAGCCAACUGAAUUAUACGAGAAAUUGGGCCAGGUCGGAGAGGGCACAUACGGCAAGGUGUAUAAAGCAAAGAAUCGUGAAACCGGAGAGAUAGUGGCGCUAAAACGAAUACGCAUGGAAGCAGAGAAAGAGGGAUUCCCGGUCACCGCAUUGAGGGAGAUCAAACUACUUCAGAAACUCAAACACGAUCAUAUAGUACGUCUAAAGGAGAUAAUGGUCUACCAAGGGGUGGUGUACAUGGUCUUUGAGUAUAUGGAUCACGAUCUCACCGGUGUUCUUUCAAAUCCUCAAAUAUCGUACGAGCCACACCACAUCAAAUGCCUCAUGAAACAAUUGCUAGAAGGUUUAGCUCACCUUCACGAAAAUCACAUUUUGCACCGUGACGUCAAAGGAUCAAAUAUAUUAUUAAACAACCGAGGCGAACUUAAGUUGGCAGACUUUGGACUUGCCCGACUUUUUCACCCGCAUCGAAUGCACGAUUAUACGAAUCGCGUUAUCACACUGUGGUACCGUCCACCGGAACUAUGUUUAGGUGCUACGGAGUAUGGCCCGGAAGUUGACCUCUGGAGCGCCGG